AUGAUCCUCGGCGACAUCUCGGGCACCGUGGCUCUUGUUGGCACAGUUUUUGCCUACCACCCGCCACGCCAAGUCUAUAUUGAUCGCACAAAGAAAGACAUCUUGCUGGAACUAGACUACGUUGGCCUGUUCAUGUACACGGCAAGCAUAAGUCUCCUUUUUCUCGGGCUAGGAUGGCCUGGAAGCGGCGUUCCGCGGAAUAGUGCAAAGGUGAUUGCACUUAUCGUGACUGGUGGCGUGAUUCUUAUCCUCACGGCGGUGUCGGACUUCUCCGGCAUUUCCAAGCGGCCGUUGUUUGCUCCUCGGUUGUUCCGAAACUUUAGAGGAUAUGCAUCACUGCUCAUCGUCAACUUCGCUUCUGGUGCUAGGUCCUCGGUCUGCACACAAACGAAAACGUCGUAG